AUGUCCUCACCUCAAGAAUCUCCAACUUCGUCACCACCGCCACCAUCAUCAACUCCACCACCAUCAUCUUCAUCACCACCACCUCCAUCUUCAUCUCCGCCACCUCCAUCAAAAGACAGUUCACCGCCUCCACCCCCUGACAAUAGUUCUCCGGCUCCUUCUAACAAUGACGACAACAAUAAUAAUAACAAAAAAUCUCCACCCCCACCAAAAUCUAGCUCGUCAGAUGACCACGAUGGAGAUUCAUCAUCUUCCCCUCCUCCUCCACCACCGCCUCCACCACCUCCUCCACCACCACCGGGCACUCCAGGACUUCCUUCUUCAAGACAUAAGUCAUCACAUUCAUCAAAAUCACCAUCAAAUGAUAACUCGUCCAUUAAUGAGAAAGCCAUCAUAGGUGGAGUAGUUGGAGGAGCGGCAUUAUUGCUGUUCGUUAUGAUUGUCUUCUUGGUGUCUUGUUGUAGAGGGAAGAAACGAAAGCCCCAUAAUCACAUGCACUACUAUAGAGAUGAAUCUCAUGGAAAUAGAAGUAGUGACUACUAUAAUAGCGGACCUGGACAAAAUUGGCACAACAAUGGUCAAUCAACAGAUCAUGUGGUGAAAAUGCCUCCUCCUCCUCCCGGUAGUGCAGGAGUGAGUUCAGAAAUGGGCUGGCCGGUGGCGCCACCACCUCCACCACCAAUGAUGAGCAGUAGCGAGUUGAGCUCGGCCGGUUUCUCAGGUCCACACCAUGCUGCCUUGCCGCCGCCUCACCCUUCUGUUGCCCUCGGCUUCAACCAAAGCAGCUUCACUUACAAUGACUUAGCAGCGGCGACAGGCAAUUUUGCGCAAUCUAAUUUGUUGGGACAAGGUGGGUUCGGUUACGUGCAUAAAGGGGUGUUGCCAAAUGGGAAAGAAGUUGCGGUAAAGAGCUUGAAAGCUAACAGCGGGCAAGGAGAAAGGGAGUUUCAAGCGGAGGUCGACAUUAUUAGUCGUGUCCAUCAUAGGCACCUUGUGUCUCUUGUUGGUUAUUGCAUUGCGGGAUCUCAAAGAAUGUUGGUUUAUGAAUUUGUUGACAGUGGUACUCUUGAAUUUCACCUACAUGGAGCUAAUCGCCCAGUUAUGGACUGGCCUACUAGGCUUAAAAUUGCAUUGGGAUCGGCCAAAGGAUUUGCUUACCUUCAUGAAGAUUGUCAUCCUCGCAUUAUCCACAGAGACAUCAAAGCUGCAAACAUUUUGCUCGAUAGUAAUGGUGAAGCAAAGGUGGCUGAUUUUGGAUUGGCUAAACUUUCUAAUGACAACUACACUCACGUUUCAACUCGCAUCAUGGGAACUUUUGGGUACUUGGCGCCUGAAUAUGCCUCAAGUGGGAAACUCACUGAAAAAUCUGAUGUGUACUCGUACGGAAUUAUGUUAUUAGAGCUCAUAACUGGACGCCGUCCAGUUGAUAUUCAUAGAGAUGAUGAUGACAGCUUAGUCGAUUGGGCGAGGCCUAUUCUAUUGCAAGUAACGGAGGGAGAAGGUUACGAAGAGUUGGUGGAUCCACGCUUGGAGAACAAUUACGAUCCUCAGGAGAUGUUGCGAAUGGUGCAUUGUGCAGGUGCUUGUAUCAGGCAUUCUGCAAGGAGACGCCCCAAAAUGAGUCAGAUUGUGCGUGCUUUGGAAGGUGAUGUCUCUCUUGAAGACCUAAAUGAAGGGGUAAAGGCAGGAAGUAGAGGACUGUAUGGCUCGAGUGGCAGUUCUGGCUACGAAAGUGGCUCAUAUUCAGAUUUGAAAAAAAUUGGAAAGACGGGUUUGUCUAGUCAGGAGUUCAAUAGCAGUGAGCACGGGUUGACUGGUGAGUAUGUCCGUUCCAGUGCAGGAAAUUCACGAGAAUUUCAAUCAAAGGGAGGCAGCCACAUCCACGGCCCUUAA